CGGCUGUGUGCUCCCCCUGCUGGUUGACAUCAUAAGCGGUCGGUCCAUGUUAGAUCACGGGUCCCAAGUCGGCUCCGCAACGGUGUGGGUGGUGGCUGUUUUAUGCGUUCCCCCGUGUCAGGGGUGUGGAAAACGUGCGGUCCUCUUUUUUUUCCUUCUUCUCCUUCUCACCCCACCAUCUGCCUCUCUCCCUCUCUCUUUACCUAUAUAGAUGUAUUACCCUGGUAGUGAUGAGAAGCGGGGAGCGGUGGAGGUGAAUGAGGCAGACUACCUCAAAUCAGAAGUCGAGGCGUUGGGGGGCGUGGAAAUACGGGUUCCAUUAGGCGGAAUCUGUGCUACGUGAGGAGGUCCCGGAAGCUCGUUUGCUCGUCAGUUGUCAGCCGAAGUAACGGCGUCUCAGUCGGGAGAAUUUCACCUACGGCGUAGGUAUGUGUGCUAUAGUAUGUAGGUAACUUGUCCGAGGCAAGGCGACUUAGGAGAGCAGAUGCCACUAUCCACCCUCCCUUCCCCAGUAUGGGAACGAGGGUCUUGUCUGAUAUACCCAGAUAUUGAUAGUGAUGUUUCCUUCUUUUCUAUUUUUCCUCGUGUUUUUUAAUUCGC